GAAUGGAAAACGCUAUGUACUUCAAAGCAUACUAAGCCUGAUUGGAAAAUGUAGUCAGAAUAUUGUCUCUCUGGCAGUUGGGAGGGUGCUCACAGCACAUGGGUGCUUCAUGUGUAAAUAGCACUCGGGUCACUAACGAGUGAGAAUAAUGACACUGGCAACUUUGACAGCCUCAUUCAUGGGAAAGAAACUUCCAUCUUUUAAGUUCUCUGGAGCAACUGGAAUCUAGUUUUUUUUUUUCCUUCUAAUCAGGGAAUAUUUUCCUGAACCAAACUGCAAAAACAGAGGAUUUUGAGUAGCACAUUUCACUUGGAUAAAACAGCAUUUGUUCAUUUUGAGUGUUUUUGGAAAGGAAAUCUAUCUACAGGGCAACGUUCGCACACAAAAGGAAACAGUAUGGGACGAUGGCUUGUUAGUACAACUGACUCUGUUUUGGAAAUUACGGACAAGAAACCUUGGAGGAAGAGCAGCAUAAAAGAUCAAAAGCAUCAUGACUCCUGAUGAAAACAUCACCAAAUGAUGAACCCGCGGGCAAAAAGGAACUGCUCCUUGGCGGCACCUGACUUGCUGGAUCCUAAAUCUGCUGCUCAGAACUCCAAACCAAGGCUCUCAUUUUCUACGAAACCCACAGUGCUCGCGUCCCGGGUGGAGAGUGACACAGCCAUUAAUGUUAUGAAAUGGAAGACGGUCUCCACGAUUUUCCUGGUGGUCGUGCUCUAUCUGAUCAUUGGAGCCACUGUGUUCAAAGCCUUGGAGCAGCCUCAUGAGAUUUCACAGAGGACCACCAUUGUGAUCCAGAAGCAGACGUUCAUAUCCCAACACGCCUGCGUCAACUCGACUGAGCUGGACGAACUCAUCCAGCAAAUAGUGGCAGCAAUAAAUGCAGGGAUUAUACCUUUAGGAAACACCUCCAAUCAAAUCAGUCACUGGGAUUUGGCAAGUUCGUUCUUCUUUGCUGGCACUGUUAUUACAACCAUAGGAUUUGGAAACAUCUCACCACGCACAGAAGGUGGAAAAAUAUUCUGUAUUAUCUAUGCCUUGCUGGGAAUUCCUCUCUUUGGUUUUCUUUUGGCUGGGGUUGGAGAUCAACUGGGGACCAUAUUUGGAAAAGGAAUUGCCAAAGUUGAAGAUACAUUUAUUAAAUGGAACGUUAGUCAGACCAAGAUCCGCAUCAUCUCCACCAUCAUCUUUAUCCUGUUUGGCUGCGUGCUCUUUGUGGCUCUGCCUGCGAUCAUAUUCAAGCACAUAGAGGGCUGGAGUGCCCUGGAUGCCAUCUAUUUUGUGGUCAUCACUCUCACAACCAUUGGAUUCGGCGACUACGUUGCAGGUGGAUCAGAUAUCGAGUACCUAGACUUCUAUAAGCCUGUCGUGUGGUUUUGGAUCCUCGUAGGCCUCGCUUACUUUGCUGCGGUUCUGAGCAUGAUUGGAGACUGGCUCCGGGUUAUAUCUAAAAAGACAAAGGAAGAGGUGGGAGAGUUUAGAGCACAUGCUGCUGAAUGGACAGCCAACGUAACGGCUGAAUUCAAAGAAACCCGGAGGCGACUGAGCGUGGAGAUCUAUGACAAGUUCCAGCGUGCCACGUCCAUUAAACGGAAGCUCUCUGCAGAGCUAGCUGGGAAUCACAACCAGGAGCUGACGCCUUGUAGGAGGACCCUGUCCGUCAACCACCUGACCAGUGAGAGGGAUGUCUUGCCGCCCUUACUGAAGACUGAAAGCAUCUAUCUCAAUGGGUUGACACCACACUGUGCUGGGGAAGAGAUUGCUGUCAUUGAGAAUAUUAAAUAGCCCUCUCUGAAGAGCCUUAGGCAUAGCCAUAGGUGAGGACUUCUAUAUGCUCUAUAUGACUGUUGCUGGUAGCAUUUUUAAAAAUUGUGCAUGAGCUCCUAAGGGGGGAAAUGUAGAUUCACCCAUCAUGGUCAUCUGCCAUCAAGAGAAUUUGGAAUUCUGAGCCAGCACUGUCUCUGAUGAUGCCUGUUGCACACUCCACUUUUCUGGGAUGAGUGGAAGGACAAGCGAUGUCUGAUGCCUUUCUGUGCCCAGACUGUUUUUUUCCCUCUUCUCCCCACGUGCCACAAAGGCCUCAGAAUGAAUUGCAGUUGUCUUUGGUAACGAUGUAGCUUUGAGGGGUCAGUCCUUAUCUUUUCAGGGUCUACCUAACUGAGCCUAGAUAUGGACCAUUUGUGGAUGACAACAUUUCUUUCUGUCAAUGGCAAGAAAUUCUUAUGCAGCCUUUUACCUAAGACAUUUUCUGUCAGUGCCUUAUCUUAUGAAGAGACAGAACCUCUCUAGCUAAUGUGUGGUUUCUCCUUCCCUGCCCCACCCUAGGCUCACCUCUGCAGUUUCUUAUUCCAGCCUUCCCGUUUGAAUACCAUACCUUGCUGGGAACAAUGUGUAAAAUGAGUGACGUGACGAUGACCGAAGAAGGAAUAGAUGCCAAAUUAGAUGGACAUUGAAGCAACUCUCAGAAACUCUAGUAUUGCAGGCACUGCACAGAAAGGAGGUGCAAAAUUGGCCCUCUCAGUAUUUAUUUGACUCAGGUACCAAGGGUACAUAUAUACAGUGUAAUUAUUACCAUGCUGGUAUAAUUGGCUGCUCCCAAAACAUCCCUGUUUUUUUUCUGGCAGUUUUCGGAACUUAUCCUUUCCUAGUAACUAUACAUUUUUAAAGGUAGAAGAAGAAAGUCCAUAUGUAAGUCAUCUUAUGUGAAAUAAAAAGACUGUUGAAGUGGUGUUGUUAUUGGAGGCAAUUUAAAACAGUUGGUAUGAAUUACCCUUCUGAUGAAAAGCAAAUAGCAAAACAAAUGUGUUCUGAGUAUUUUCUAAUAAACGUUCUACUGCCAGCCUCUAUUUGCUUUUUGAUGUAUGGAAGAAUGAUGUGAUUUUCUUUCCUUGGGUGACAUGUGUCAGGUGAGGAAGGGGGAUGUAGCAGGGAGAGGUCCUCCCCUUGACCCCACCCCCGUGGGAACCCUUGAAAUUGUGACCAGGUGUGAGAGCAGAAGUGAAACUUGGAUCACUGUGAUUUUGCAUGUGGAAAAGAUACAGAUUGCAGGUAUAGUUCAUUCAUAUCUGACAUUAGAGAAAAUGCUGUUAUAGCACAAUUUAAACCUUUUUAGAUAGAAAAAAAAAAGCCAAUAACCCUUUCAGUUUCAUUUUAUAUCCUAUUAAUUGUUUGGAUAUUCCCAUGGUUUAGAAAUAUUCAGUAACUGCACCCAAGUCCAUUGCUGUUCUCUUUGUUUUCAUACUUACAUAUGCUGUACAUUGUAUAUAUAAUUUUUAAAGUCCGAAAAGAAAACGAUUUCCCGAAAUACAAUUACAAAGCUGAUUUCUUUUACCUUUUGGAGGGAGAGGGUGCGUGUCUGAGUAAGUGGCACUCAGAUUAGGGUCUUACAAAAUUAACCCAGGAUCUUUAAAAACAAACUAACAGAUGCUUAUUUUCCAAAUUUUAAGCUAGAAGUGUAAAUAUUCACUUGUUGAAGGUAAUUUUAUAAAUCUAAGAAGUUCUAACCAAAAUUUUAGAAAGUCAGGCUCUUUAAGCAAGAAAGCUACUCUCAUUUCCUCAGUAAC